AUGUCACACGAACAACCAUCCCCAAGAAGAGGCCGUCUCAUCGUCUUCGAAGGCCUCGACAGAUCAGGCAAAAGCACCCAAUGCGAGAGACUCGUCACUUGGCUGCGCGAGAAGCAAGACCGGGGCUCGUGGCACAUGCGAUUCCCCGAUAGGACCACAGUCAUAGGCCAAAUGAUCAAUGGCUAUCUGCAAGGCGCCUCACAGCAAGAAGACCACGCCAUACACCUCCUCUUCUCCGCCAAUAGAUGGGAAGCCGCCGACCGCAUCAAACAGCUCAUUUCCUCCGGCAUCGAUGUGGUCAUUGAUCGCUACUACUACUCAGGAUGUGUCUACUCCGCUGCAAAGCAGAAUCCUACUAUGGACCUGGCCUGGUGCAGGAAUAUGGAAGUCGGUCUGCCAAGGCCUGAUCUUUGCCUGUUCCUGGAUAUUUCUGCUGAGGAUGCUGCGAAGCGUGGCGGAUUUGGUACCGAGCGGUAUGAGAAGCAGGAGCUACAAGACCGGGUUCGAGGCUUGUUUGCAGAGAUGCAGACUCACCCUGACGAGAACGAAGACAUGAUCGUGAUCGAUGCUGGCGGCACUGUUGAGCAUGUGCAGCAAACAAUCCAGAACGUCGUCAUCAAAAGAUGCCUCGAUAUCGCUGUCGAUCAAGAGCGACAGCCUUUGCGAGUCAUCAAGCCUUGGUGA